AUGGCUGCUGUUCCGCACCGCCAGCCGGAGCAGGCCAUUGAUGAGUCUGACUUCAUCGAGGAUCACAAUGAGCACCACCAGGACUCAGUCCACCGCCGUCUGCGGGCCAACUCGACCAUCAUGCACUUCCAAAAGAUCCUAGUCGCCAACCGUGGUGAAAUCCCCAUCCGUAUCUUCCGUACCGCACAUGAACUGUCCCUCCAGACGGUCGCUGUCUUCUCACACGAAGAUCGUCUCUCAAUGCAUCGCCAAAAGGCUGAUGAGGCUUACAUGAUCGGCCACCGGGGCCAAUAUACCCCCGUGGGUGCCUAUUUGGCUGGUGAUGAGAUCAUCAAGAUCGCCCUGGAGCACGGCGUCCACCUGAUCCACCCCGGCUACGGUUUCCUGUCAGAGAACGCCGAGUUCGCCCGGAACGUCGAGAAGGCUGGCAUUGUCUUCGUGGGACCUACCGCUGAAACCAUCGAUGCCCUUGGUGACAAGGUUUCUGCUCGCCGCGCCGCUAUCAAGUGCAAUGUCCCCGUUGUCCCCGGAACUCCGGGCCCCGUCGAGCGCUUUGAAGAGGUCAAGUCCUUCACUGAUGAAUUUGGCUUCCCCAUCAUUAUUAAGGCUGCCUUUGGUGGUGGUGGCCGUGGUAUGCGUGUUGUCCGUGCCCAAUCCGAGCUGCGUGACGCUUUCGAGCGUGCUACCUCCGAGGCCCGCACCGCCUUCGGUAACGGUACCGUCUUCGUCGAGCGUUUCCUUGACCAGCCUAAGCACAUCGAGGUUCAGCUUCUCGGUGAUAACCAGGGCAAUGUUGUCCACCUCUUCGAGCGUGAUUGCUCCGUCCAGCGUCGCCACCAGAAGGUCGUUGAGAUUGCUCCUGCCAAGGACCUUCCCACCGAUGUUCGUGAUAAGAUUUUGUCCGAUGCCGUGAAGCUGGCCAAGUCAGUUCGGUACCGCAACGCUGGUACCGCUGAGUUCCUUGUCUGCGGCAAUGAGCACUACUUCAUCGAGAUCAACCCCAGAAUUCAAGUCGAGCACACUAUUACCGAGGAAAUCACCGGUAUCGAUAUCGUGGCCGCUCAGAUCCAGAUCGCUGCUGGUGCAACCCUUGAACAACUUGGCCUUACCCAGGACCGCAUCUCUACUCGCGGUUUCGCCAUUCAGUGCCGUAUCACUACUGAGGAUCCCGCCAAGGGCUUCUCCCCCGACACUGGUAAGAUCGAGGUCUACCGCUCUGCUGGUGGCAAUGGAAUCCGUCUGGACGGUGGUAACGGCUUUGCUGGUGCCAUUAUCUCUCCCCACUACGAUUCUAUGCUGGUCAAGUGCACUUGCCGUGGCUCGACCUACGAGAUCGUCCGCCGCAAGAUGCUGCGUGCUCUGGUUGAGUUCCGUAUCCGUGGUGUCAAGACCAACAUUCCUUUCCUUGCGUCACUCCUGAGCCACCCCGUAUUCAUCGAUGGUACUUGCUGGACUACAUUCAUUGAUGACACCCCCGAGCUGUUUGCCCUCGUCGGCAGCCAGAACCGUGCCCAGAAGCUGCUCGCUUACCUGGGUGACGUUGCUGUCAACGGUAGCAGCAUCAAGGGCCAGAUCGGCGAGCCCAAGUUCAAGGGCGAUAUCAUCCGGCCCGUUCUCAAUGAUGCUGCGGGCAAGCCCAUUGACCUCUCCAAGCCUUGCACUACCGGCUGGAAGCAGAUCCUGGACCGCGAAGGUCCCGAGGGCUUCGCUCGCGCUGUGCGCGCCAACAAGGGCUGCUUGAUCAUGGACACCACCUGGCGUGAUGCCCACCAGUCGUUGCUUGCCACCCGUGUGCGAACAAUUGAUAUGCUGAACAUCGCCGCUGAGACCAGUCACGCAUUGAGCAACGCUUACUCCCUCGAGUGCUGGGGUGGAGCCACCUUCGAUGUCGCUAUGCGCUUCCUCUACGAGGAUCCUUGGGACAGACUUCGCAAGAUGCGCAAGGCCGUCCCCAACAUUCCCUUCCAGAUGCUGCUGCGUGGCGCCAACGGCGUUGCCUACUCUUCCCUUCCCGAUAACGCCAUCUACCACUUCUGUAAGCAGGCCAAGAAGUACGGUGUCGAUAUCUUCCGUGUCUUCGAUGCCCUGAACGAUCUUGACCAGCUCGAGGUUGGUGUUAAGGCGGUCCACGAAGCCGGUGGUGUUGUUGAGGCCACCAUGUGCUACAGUGGUGACAUGCUGAACCCCAAGAAGAAGUACAGCUUGGAGUACUACCUGGGUCUGGUGGACAAGAUCGUCGCGAUGCGUCCCCACGUUCUUGGAAUCAAGGAUAUGGCUGGUGUGCUCAAGCCCCAGGCUGCCCGUUUGCUGAUCGGUUCCAUUCGCAAGCGCUACCCCGAUCUCCCCAUCCACGUUCACACUCACGACUCCGCCGGAACCGGUGUCGCCUCUAUGAUUGCCUGUGCCGAGGCCGGUGCCGAUGCCGUAGACGCCGCUACCGACAGUCUGUCUGGUAUGACCUCGCAGCCCAGCAUUGGUGCUCUCCUUGCUUCCCUGCAGGGUACCGAGCACGACCCCAAGCUGGACCUGUCUCACGUCCGCGCUAUCGACAGCUACUGGGCUCAGCUUCGUCUGCUCUACUCUCCCUUCGAGGCUGGUCUGACCGGCCCCGACCCCGAGGUCUACGAGCACGAGAUCCCCGGUGGCCAGCUGACCAACCUGAUCUUCCAGGCCAGCCAGUUGGGUCUCGGACAGCAGUGGGCUGAGACCAAGAAGGCGUACGAGGUGGCCAACGAGUUGCUGGGCGACAUCGUCAAGGUCACUCCCUCCUCCAAGGUCUGUGGUGACUUCGCCUCCUGGAUCGUCAGCAACAAGCUGUCCGCUCAGGACGUGCUGGACCGUGCCGAUCAACUCGACUUCCCCGGAUCAGUCUUGGAGUUCUUCGAGGGUCUGAUGGGCCAGCCCUACGGUGGCUUCCCCGAGCCCCUGCGUACCAAGGCCCUGCGCGGCCGUCGCAAGCUCGACAAGCGCCCCGGUCUGUACCUGGAGCCCAUGGAUCUCAUCAAGAUCAAGAACGAUAUUCGCGAGAAGUUCGGCGCCGCCACCGAGUGUGACGUCGCCAGUUACGCCAUGUACCCCAAGGUGUUCGAGGACUACCGCAAUUUCGUGGCCAAGUUCGGUGAUCUGUCCGUUCUGCCGACGCGCUACUUCCUUGCCCGGCCCGAGAUCGGCGAGGAGUUCCACGUCGAGCUGGAGAAGGGUAAGGUCCUGAUCCUGAAGUUGCUUGCCAUCGGUCCUCUUUCCGAGCAGACCGGUCAGCGUGAGGUCUUCUACGAGGUCAACGGCGAAGUCCGCCAGGUCAGUGUCGAUGACCAGAAGGCCUCGAUCGAGAACCUCGCCCGCCCCAAGGCCGAGCCCACAGACAGCAGCCAGGUCGGUGCUCCCAUGAGCGGUGUCGUGGUUGAGAUCCGCAUCCACGAUGGCCACGAGGUCUUGAAGGGUGAUCCUAUUGCGGUGUUGAGCGCCAUGAAGAUGGAAAUGGUGAUCUCUGCCCCGCACAGCGGAAAGGUGUCUGGCCUCCAGGUCAAGGAGGGUGACUCCGUCGAUGGCCAGGAUCUGAUCUGCAGGAUCAGCAAGGCGUAA